GUGUUAAAUAGCUGGCAUUCCACAUGCAUUCCACAUCUGCAUACUUCUUUCUCCGAAUCUCUUUACUUCUGUAUACCUGCUCAUCAUGGUCAAGAAAACCAAACCGGGGAGGGCUCAGACCCCCAUGGACCAGCUGCCCAUCCAAACCAGACUCAACAUCAAAAAGUACACCCCCGAGUCCUGCAAUGACGCUCUCCACGGCCGCAAGGUCCCGAUAGGACUUGGCUACGAGCUGACUCGGGCUUGUGUCAUUCGUGGCAUCCGACACCAUCCUGGCUUUGCUCGCGAGCUGCAUGGGGUCAGUCCAGAUCUCACGCGUGCAUUGAAUGCCCGAGAUAUCAUGAGCGGCACUAUCCCAACAAUGUCGGAGUCGGACCCUGCCGAAAUACCAUACUGUAUCUGGUACCCAGAAAUUCCAAGCCAGGAUACUCUCCGCGCUCUGGUUGAAAAGUAUCCCAACAUGCUCUAUCAUGCAGCUCGUGCCUGUGCGGUCGCGGGAUACAUUAACCUGUACAAGGAGCUCAAUCCCCUUCCAGAAGUCCAUGUCGCAGAAGAAGCCAGGCAUGCGGCCGUGGGAAGGAACAACAAGGGCAGUGAAGAGAUAUGGGAGAAUAUCGCAGCACAGCCACUCAAGUUCGCCAUCAUGAACGAUUACGCACGCACAGUCGACCUUGCUAACCCUCGGCCUGCAACACUCAACGGUGAUACAGCCGUGUAUUCGAGCCUUACGGGCGGACGCGAACAUCUGGAGCCGGACAAGCUUGAUUAUUUCCACCAGGGUUACGGCGGUCAUUAUCGCUCAUAUUACUUUAACAUUACAGAGGACUGGUGCAUAGACGACCACGACCACGAGGCACGUAAUCCCCCGGAGAGCUACUACCCAUUCUUAUAUGGGCCGCUUCCAACGGACCUGCCCCCAAUAAACAAGGACAAACUGAUCCUGGUGGCUGCAUACUCCGGCGACAUCGAUCGAUACGCCCGUCUCCGCCGACCACAAAUGAUCCAAGACGAGUUCCUCUGCAUCAUCCGGGGAAUAUACCACAACCCGUUCUGGGCGAAGUGGUGGAGCGACCAAAUCACCAACGCCGUGACAGCAAGGUUCACCAAGUGGGAAGAAACGCUUAUCCAGCGAGCGAUCAACGGCCGCCGAACCAUGUCGGAUGAUGUUACCUGGGUCACGGCAGACAUGCCCAAAGAGCUGCUGCCUCUGAACAUCUGGUUCCCACAACAGGCUUGUCAAGAGACAUACGAGAGACUGGCUCACAUACGACCGGAUGUACUGCACCGAUGUCUCUAUGCCUGCAUUGUAGCUGACUAUCCGGAUUUAUGGGAUCGGCUUCUACUGAAUUCACCUCAGCAGACACAGCCUGUACCGGAUAGCCAGCGACGAGAGCGGAAGCUGCAGCAGCUUGCUAAGACUGUUACCCCUUCGCUGUGGAUGGAGGCCAAGGAUUCGCGGAAUGAUUACUAUCGACAGGAUAUUAUGGCUGCUGUUCCCAACGAGAUCGAGUCACUCGAAUGGGAGUACGGGGAGGUUGCGCAUGCGCUCCUUCGCACAGGCGCUAAGUACUUAUUUUUUCCUCGGUCAAGCAGCGUCGACAGGUGGGUCGACCGGAAUGAUCCAGUUCAUGUUGCACCAGAUUCUCUAGGUGGAUAUGACGGGGCAGGGCCUACAAUGCCUGCACUAGACUUUGCUGUAUUUCUCAGGGACGUUGUGGGCGUGGACAAUGAGGUCUGGAGAGACGAUUCCAAUGGUCGUCUUGACAUGGACGAAGUGUAUGAACUACUGGAUCGCUCUUGAUAUGGCUAUGAAUACAACUGUCCCUUAUUUCACACAUUUCCUCAUGAUAAUCUGCUUUGCC